UCAUUCAUCAUCAGUAGUACAUUUUUUUCCAAAUUUUCCGAACAAACUUUCUUGCAUUGUCGAUUAACUCCAAUCCGUCCACGCGUGAUAGGAGUUACGCGAUGAGACCAAACAUGAGCAGUUUAGUGAUUGGAUGUUUGUUCCAUUUACUAGCUAUCCUAUUGCCUUGCCAAUCAGCUCACGAUCCCACCAAAAGCUUCGUCUCCUUGCCCUUCAAUCCCUCCUAUUACCACAUCCAGAGCCCUUACAAUUUGCCUGAGAAGAAGCGGUACAGCUUCGUCAAUGGAGUCCACAAGUGCUGGGUUUACUCCACUGACAAGCCGCACUCCCGCACCAGCAGGACCAAGCCUCGCACCGAGAUCGCUAUUAUGGGUUAUCGAUACAACUCAGGUAUAUGGGAAUUCGAAGCGUAUGGUUACGUACCGAAAGGGACAUCUGGUGUGUCGAUUAUGCAAGUGUUUGGUAGCAAACCUCCGAGGGCGACUUCAUUGAUGCUCAUGGUUUACGGCGGCAGCCUUCGUUACUACAGCAAAGGUCCAGUCGUGCUCGCGGACGUUUACGACAAGUGGUUCAAGCUGAACGUGAUCGACGAUUUCGAUUCCGGGAAGAUCCGGGUCUACAUUAAUAAUGUGCUCAAGCUGGAGGUUGUUGGCCGCGGGGGCAAACAUCAUGCGUUCAAAUGUGGAGUGUACGCGCAACGGAAAGCUUCUCGUCGCAUGGAGUCUCGUUGGAGAAACAUCAAGAUUUCCAGAAAGAGAGCCUAAAUUGUGUUAGUGUUGUGGUAUAUGAUCUACGAUUGAACCUCUCCCAACAACUCGAGUUAUUGGGAUUAACCGGUUCUUGACAUGGUAUCAAAGCCUUCUGUGACCGACAUGUCUUGUGUUCGAUUCCCGGUUGCCCCCAUUUGUUAAGCAUAUGAUAUUCUUGUCUUCAGACCUGUGCAAACUUCCAUGCCCUUGUGAGUGGUUUUCGUUUGAGGGGGCGUGUUAGUGUUGUGGUAUAUGAUCCAUGAUUGAACCUCUCCCAACAACUCGAGUUAUUGGGAUGGGGGCGUGUUAGUGUUGUGGUAUAUGAUCCACGAUUGAAUCUCUCCCAACAACUCGAGUUAUUGGGAUUAACUGGUUCUUGACAGAUUGAUCGCGUGUGUAGUAAUAAAUCAAUCCAGUAAUAGGGGGAAAAAGUGUUUAGCGACGGUUUUUUAGAAGUUCCUAGCUAGCCAACUAGUUGUGUGGGGAUGGUUUGGGCUAGAAAAUUGUUCGAGGGAUCGUAGGGUCUUUGUGUUUAUCCUAAAAAUUCACUUUGUACCACAUCAAUUAAAUACAAACGAUUAAAUGAAUAUGUGAGACCAAUUUUAUUAUACCUUUUUAAAUUAAUUAAGUGGGUCACAUUGAUUAGAUUUUUUGGGCCCAUAACUCCAUACAAUCAUGCGUCACUUUUAGUCAUUUGUUCCAAAAUUUGAUUGUGUUGAAGCAACCCCCAUGAUGUGGCGAGGAGGUGAUUAACUUACCACCACCCCCUUGAUGUUGUGAGGGGGGUGGACGUCAUCAAGGGCGGACCUAGGGCAAGGGGAGGAGUGUCGUCCGACACCCCUCAGCCCGAAAAUUUUGUGAAGGAGCUUCAUUUUUUCGGACAAUUUUUUUUAACUUAUUUAUUUUAACUUAGGACAAUUUUUUCUAAAAUAGCCGAUUGGUAGCAAACUUAUUAAUUUUAACUUAAUAUGAUUUUAGACGUAGGUCGAUUCUCUUUAGUCGAGUGACUAAUUUAUGAAUGAUUAUGUAGUUGUGUAUAUCGAAAAAGGUUUGAUUUGCAACAUAAACGAUGAAUGUAUUUUAAAAAAUCUCAACAUAUGAAAAAUUGUCAUAAUUCGUAGUAAACAUGACGUUGUGAACUUAUAAAUGAAUUUCCACUAUUUUUUAUUAAAUUUUUAUUUAAUUAUUAUAAUUUUUUAUCAGCGACACCCCUCUUCAAUAAUCCUGGGUCCGCCACUGGACAUCAAACCGCGGGGGCGGAUCAGGUCAGUAACCUUAUGGUGAGUAACCAUUAGUAACCUGUCCACAUCCGCAUGACAUCAGCAUCUCCUCUCUCCUGGAAAGUCUUUUAUCUUUUCCCCUUUAAUCUUUAACGAAUGAAUUCUCUCUCAUUUUAAGUCGAUUUUUUUUUUCACAGAUAAAUCAGAUUAAAUGUG